CUAUGUGCAUAGUAAGUAAUUUGAUAAUUGACAUUUGAGUUGUGAUUUGAUAUGUCAGUUUCGCCGUCAAUUCGCUUUUCAAUAUCGCCUCUUAUUAAUUUUUUGCGAUAUAAUAGUCUCACUGUUCUUAGUCAAAGUACUAGAACGAUGACUAGCGAAGGUAUUUCGGCACAAGAAAUCGAAUCAUUAUGCCAAACACCAUGUCCCGCAACAAAGGACUUCAUGUUCCAACAGACAAUGUACCGCGUCAAGGAUCCUAGGAAAUCAAUACCGUUCUACACGGGUGUCCUUGGUAUGACGCUGUUGAAACAGCUACAUUUUCCCGAGAUGAAGUUCUCCUUAUUCUUCAUGGGCUAUGAGAAUCCCGCUGAGGUGCCCAAGGAUGAAGCCCAAAGGACAUCAUGGGCGAUGACAAGGAAGGCUACGUUAGAAUUGACAUACAAUUGGGGAACGGAAAGCGACGAUUCAGCUUACCACAACGGUAACUCGGAUCCACGGGGCUUCGGCCACAUCGGUAUACUCGUCCCAGACGUAGAUGAAGCUUGUAAAAGGUUUGAGGAACAGGGCGUGAAAUUCAUUAAGAAACCACAGGACGGCAAAAUGAAGGGACUCGCCUUUAUCCAGGAUCCAGACGGUUACUGGAUCGAGAUAUUCACAUCGAAAGUCGUAUCUUAAUGCCUUAGUAGGACUUUGCCUGCGAUUUUGUUCAAAUGAUAACAUUCUUGGACGAAAUUGCAGGCAUAGUGAUUGUAAUAAUAAUCUUAAGAAAUAUUGUGAUUAAAUCGUUAAAUAUAAUAUAUAAAAACAAAUUAAAAUUAACCUCCAUAUUUGGUCGUAUGAAAUCGUUAUGACAAUUGUAGUGUAGUUUUGUAUAUCACUGUAUAGUUUUAUAUAUAUUUGAUUGUAUAUAUAAGUGUUGUAUAUAAUCGAAAUAAAUUGGAUUAUUAUUAAUUGUU